AUGCAAAUUGGAAACUACGCACUGAGCCAGAAACAAGAAGUGGCAGUGUUCGUCUCUGGGAAGGACUUUGGGUCCGAGUAUCCGGACCAGAGCGGGGAGACAGGGCGCACGCCGGGAGGAUGCGCGCUCCGCGGGUCCCGCCUCCCGACCAGCGCGCUCACUGGGCGGCGGGAGCGCGCCCGGAGAGAACGCGCCCGCCCGCUCGUGCGUGCUCCGGGUGGAAACUGGCGCCCGCGGCGGCGGCGUUCCGCGCGCGAGAGGAAAGGGGGAGGUGACGGCGCUGUGCUUGGCCGCCCCUCUCCGCCCCCCGCGUCGGCCCUGACGGGGCUGGACCGGCUAGUUGGGCGCGAUGGCUCGAGCCCGGAUGGCGGCGGCGGUGGCCGGGGGUGGCGGCGCCUCCUCCUCCUCGCCCCCGCUCCCCGCAUUGUUCCCGGGUCCCCGGCGGCGGGGCGGGAGCCCGGCACCCGCGUCCGCUGCCCGCGGCGAACGGAGAACUUCGGGGCGGCGCGGGCCAAAGCUCACAGCCGGCCCCGGGCCCGGAGGAGGAAGAGACCCGACCGAUCCCGUGAGAAACAGAACGAAAGGCGGUCCUUCUUUUGUCGAUGGUAUGUGUGCAACAGAGAGAAAUUAUGCGAAUCACUCCAGGCUGUCUUUGUUCAGAGUUAUCUUGAUCAAGGAACACAGAUCUUCUUAAACAACAGCAUUGAGAAAUCGGGCUGGCUAUUUAUUCAAUUAUAUCAUUCUUUUGUGUCAUCUGUUUUUAGCCUGUUUAUGUCUAGAACAUCUAUCAAUGGGUUGCUAGGAAGAGGCUCAAUGUUUGUGUUUUCACCAGAUCAGUUUCAGAGACUGCUUAAAAUUAAUCCAGACUGGAAAACCCAUAGACUUCUUGAUUUAGGUGCUGGAGAUGGAGAAGUCACAAAAAUCAUGAGCCCUCAUUUUGAAGAAAUCUAUGCCACUGAGCUUUCUGAAACUAUGAUAUGGCAGCUUCAGAAGAAGAAAUACAGAGUGCUUGGUAUAAAUGAAUGGCAGAAUACAGGGUUCCAGUAUGAUGUCAUCAGCUGCUUGAAUUUGCUGGACCGCUGUGAUCAGCCCCUGACUUUGUUAAAAGAUAUCAGAAGUGUCUUGGAGCCAACUAGAGGCAGGGUUAUCCUUGCCCUGGUCCUGCCUUUUCAUCCCUAUGUGGAAAACGGUGGCAAGUGGGAGAAACCAUCGGAGAUUCUGGAAAUCAAGGGGCAGAACUGGGAGGAGCAGGUGAACAGCCUGCCUGAGGUUUUCAGAAAGGCUGGUUUUGCUAUUGAGGCUUUCACCAGACUGCCGUACCUGUGCGAAGGCGACAUGUACAGUGACUACUAUGUGCUGGAUGAUGCCGUCUUCGUUCUCAGACCAGUAUAGACAUGUGGAGGAAGAAGUCUUCAGAGUCCACCCAAGAAGCUCCCUCCGUAAGAGGGUCUGCAUUCACAGUGAUGUGAAGGGAGGACCUUUGGGACUGCCAUUCUAAAUAUCAUGUAGGAAUUUUAAAAGCCAAAAUACUAAUUAUUUCUUUGUAGUGUGUAAAAGGAAUGUUUUUAAGAAACAAAAACCCAACUCUGGAUUUGUAUCAACUCUUUGCUCAGUUAGAGUCACACUUCAAUGCAGGUCACACUCCAAUUGUGAUGGGAGAUAUUUUUUAUACUUAAUCACAGUAGGGACUCAUUCUCAGACAAAGCAAUAGUCAUGACUUCAUGGAACCAAUAAAUGGAUUGUUUCCAGUAAAAUGAAGACUGGCAAUAAUGCUGUCCACUCAAUUCCAAAUAUUGGUUAUAAGGUAUAGCCACUGAUACUCUUUCAUGUUUAGAAAUUCUUUCUGUUAUUAUUCAAGAAAAUGUUUUUAAUCAUUCUAAUAAACUUUUUUGGAGAUGA